AUGAAGACCUUAGUUCCCAAGGCUCUCCUCCUGCUGCUCCUGGCCAACCUGUCUCUGACCAGGCAUCCAGAAGGUUCACACUCCAUGCGCCUUUUGCACACUCUCCUCACCUGGCCUCACCACCUGGAGCCCCAGUUCAUCUAUGCUGUCUACUUUGAUGACAUUCAUGUUUUGAGAUACAACAACAGACAAGAGCCUCCAAGGAUGGAGCACUGUGCACCAUGGGUGGAUCAGCAUAAGCCAGAGUUUUGGGAGGAGAUGACCUGGAACAUUCAGAGAGUAAUAGACAUGUACGACAACAUACUGAAGAACAUGCUUCGCAUCUAUAAUCAAAGUGAAGUUGGAAACCACACAGUCCAGAUCCUGCUUGCCUGCCAUAUGUUGCCUGGAGGGAACUUCAGUCAUGGACAAUAUGAAUUACUCUUCAAUGGCCGUGAUCACAUUGUGCUCAACGAGGACCUGAGAACUUGGACUGCAGUUGGCAAGGCAGCUGAAAUGCUGAGGCAAGAGUGGGAGGAGUCAGGUUUUGCACAAGCUUUGAAGACUUUCAUAGAGGGUGAUUGUGUGCAGUCGAUCCUCGAAAACUAUGGGAAGGAGAUUUUGCUGAGAACAGAUGGCCCUAAAAUGCAUGUGACCCAUAGGGUCAGAGCUGAUGGAAAUAUCACUCUAAGGUGCUGGGCCCUGGACUUCUACCCUGCUGACAUCACCCUGACCUGGCAGAGAGAUGGGAGCAACCAGACUGUGGGUAUGGAGGUGAUAGAGACCAGGCCUUCAGGAGAUGGGACCUUCCAGAAGUGGGCAGCUGUGGUGGUGCCUUCUGGGGAGGAGCAGAGAUACACAUGUCAUGUGGAUCAUGAGAGGCUGCCUGAGCCCCUGACCCUGAGAUGGGAGCCUCCUCAGUCCUCUGUCCCCAUCAUUCCAGUUGUCACUGGCCUGGUUCUUGGAGCUGUGCUUGUGGGAUCUGUGGUGACUUUUCUGAUAUGGAAGAGGAGGACUAAAGGUGAGGAAAGGGCAGGGUCUGAGUUCAAGUCUCCAUGGCAAUAUCAAGUCCAGCUGAGACUGUGCACUACCACAUGA